AUGGCUUCAUUUCAUCAUUCAUAUGUAUUUUGUAUCAUCGUCUUAUUUGGUUCAGUUUUGGUUCGAGCUGUGUAUUCCAUCCCUCGUGCACCGAUUGUUUAUCGUCCAAGUCCGUGGACUCUUGCCCAUGCCACCUUUUACGGAGACGAGUCCGCCUCUUCCACCAUGGGAGGUGCUUGUGGAUACGGAAACUUGAUGACCAACGGGUACAGCACCAAUACAGCGGCAUUGAGCUCAACUAUCUUUAGGGACGGAUAUGCGUGUGGGCAAUGUUACCAAAUAAGGUGUGUCGAGUCCCCAUGGUGCUCCAAAGGCAUUGCCACCAUCACUGCCACCAACCUCUGCCCCCCGAAUUGGUCUCAGGAUUCGAACAAAGGUGGAUGGUGCAAUCCUCCUAGAACCCAUUUUGACAUGGCCAAGCCUGCUUUCAUGCAAAUCGCUCAAUGGAAAGCUGGCAUUGUCCCUGUCAUGUACCGCAGGGUACCCUGCGUGAGGAAAGGUGGUGUUCGAUUCUCUUUUCAAGGCAACGGGUACUGGCUGCUAGUGUAUGUGAUGAACGUGGGUGGUGCGGGUGAUAUCCGAAGCAUGUGGGUGAAAGGAACCAAGACGGCUUGGAUAAGCAUGAGCCAUAACUGGGGAGCCUCGUAUCAAGCUUUUGCGACCCUUCGUGGUCAAGCCCUCUCAUUUAGGUUAACUUCAUACACCACUAAACAAACCAUAACGGCUUACAAUGUCGCACCGGCUAACUGGAACCUCGGCUUGACUUACCAAGCCAAUGUCAAUUUUCACUAAUCGGUCCUGCCAUCGACAUUUUGCAAAUUUCUCUUCGGUAUCUUUUUUCACUUUUUGAGUUUUCAUAUAUAUGAUCUGUGUGUACACAAGAAUUUGUUAAAAGAAGCGAAAAGUAACGUGUUGUGUCUUGUUGCUA